CAUGACCGAGAAGGAAGUGCCAGAGCCAGCGGCUGCCCCGGCUUCAGGUGGGAAACCCAAGAGCCGGCAGCUGCAGAAGCUGAAGCAACUUUUCCAGCGAAAGCCCAAGGAGGAGCCGGUGCCGGAGCCGCAGCCCAACGGGGAGCUGGUGAGUCCCUCGGGGGGACCCAUCUACUACAUCUAUGAGGACGAGGAAGAGGAGGAAGAGGAGGAGGAGCCCGAGCCCCCUCCCGAGCCCGAGAAACUCGUCAACGACAAACCCCACAAGUUCAAAGAUCAUUACUUCAAAAAACCCAAGUUCUGCGAUGUUUGUGCCCGGAUGAUCGUCCUCAACAAUAAAUUUGGCCUGAGGUGCAAGAACUGCAAGACCAACAUCCACCACCACUGCCAGUCCUACGUGGAGAUGCAGCGCUGCUUCGGCAAGAUCCCCCCCGGGUUCCGCCGGGCCUACAGCUCCCCCCUCUACAGCGACCAGCUCUGCCUCAAGGACCAGCUCGCUGACAACAGGAGCGACCCCGUGUUCGAGACGCUGCGGACGGGGGUCAUCAUGGCCAACAAGGAGCGCAAGAAGGGGCAGGACGACAAGAAGAACCCCUUGGCUGCGAUGAUGGACGAGGAGCCAGAGGCCACGAAGCCCAAAGCCGAGGGUGGUGCCUCCGAAGGGGACAAGAAGGCUGAGAAGAGCCCGACAGAUGACAAGAACAAGAAGCCGCAGCCGGGGGCGUUCCUGCAGUCCCACUAUUUCGUGGCACUUUAUCGCUUCAAAGCCCUGGAGAAGGACGACCUGGACUUCCCGCCGGGGGAGAAGAUCACGGUGGUCGAUGACUCCAACGAGGAGUGGUGGCGGGGGAAGAUCGGUGAGAAAGUCGGGUUUUUCCCCCCCAACUUCAUCAUCCGGGUGCGGGCGGGCGAGAGGGUGCACAAGGUGACCCGUUCCUUCGUGGGCAACCGGGAGAUCGGGCAGAUCACGCUCAAGAAGGAUCAGAUCGUGGUGCAGAAGGGGGAGGAGGUGAACGGUUACGUCAAAGUCUUCACCGGCCGCAAAGUGGGGCUGUUCCCUGUGGACUUCCUGGAGGAGAUCUGAGGGGCUGCGGGGGGGUGGGAGACCCCCCCGGGAUGG